CGGUGGUAUUUGAAGUUCACCACAAGCAAGUACACAGAUUUAUUUUUCUGGUUUGAUUUUUCGGACACACUCUAGAAGGGGCAAUGUUUGGCCGCAGACUCAACAUUGAGGAGGUGCGCAGCCCGGAUUCGCGAAGCUCGGAAGACGAAGAACCGACAUCUGUCCAUGAGCAGCAACAGCAGAGUCCAGCAAUAUCCCAGCAAAAGAACCUUCUAUUGAGAUUUCUAUCUGGGAUAUUACACCCUGAGAAAGAGCCCAAUUCUCGCUCCCAUCCGGACAAUGCGAGUGAGGGCUCAAGAAAUUCUUCUGUCUCGUACCACUAUUAUAGCUCCUAUUAUUCGACCAGUUCAUACGCGACUGGAAAUGAAAGACGCGAGGAAAGACAAAGACAAGUGUGGCGUCGACUGUCAAGAGCACUAGGACAAUUUUCGAUCGUGCCCAGUAGGGCUCUGACAGCCUUUUUUGUUAUGUUGGGAUUUCAUCAUAUUAUGAUGGUCUUGGUCGUUGCAAUUCUCAUUUUGACCUGCCUCGUUUUGGGUAGCUGCACCGGCUCUUCCCCAACAAUGAGCCAUUUCCACCUUCUCUCGCUGUCUUACGCAGGUACCCAGCGCAACACAAGUUCUGUUGCAUCCUCUCUGAACGUGGUACAAAAUUUGGGCACAGAACAAUUAAAUAUGCGUGUUCUCGUUGGCUAUUUCGCCGUAUGCGUAGCCCUAACGAACGUGCCAUCGACCGUAUCUAUAUCGUCUCUACUCUGUAGCAGCGAUGGGAACAGUCUCAGAGGCUCAUUCCUCGAAGCUAGUGAAGACCCACUAGGCCUCUUAGACUUCGGCUUUCGAAUCAAGGAUAAUAUCAUGUUUCCUUAUUUGAGUGUUAUUGCUACCGUUCUAGAGCUCUUCCUCCUCUUAUUGCUUGCCCAGUUCCCAGGUUGGAAGGAGGAAACUGAUGAAGAUGGCUCGGAAAGGGAAGUCAAACCAUUCCCAUCAACAGUGCGUCUAGUGGCAGCUCUCGCUCUCAGCUCUGUCGCAGCGGCAUUAUUACUCGUGACGGCUGUCUGGCAGCAGGUUGCGGCGGUAGCAGCUGGUCAAACCUUGGAACAGGUGAUGCCAGGACAAAUUAUGUCUCUAGUUGGUCUCUCCGCGUCGAUAUCGAGUUGGUUCGCAUUUGGAUUAGCCGCCAUGGUGUUUCUCAUGGUUCUCACCAUGUAUACAAGUAUCAGAAUUCUGCUUGACAGGUUUGAUUAGGAAGGGCGACAGAAGUACCUACCGAGGGCAGGAGAAUCAGAUGGAGCUAUCGAAGCCAUAUAUGAUAAUGCACGUGUGUAUGCUAG